UUGUUCUGCAGUCUUUUUUUUUUUUUUGUUCUGUCAACAUGUACUGCAGUCAGUGCUUUUUUAACAAGGUGGCACUAUUGUGGAGUUAGUGGGAUAGAAUCAUCACACCGCUUUAGGGGACAGAGUUUUUAAAAGGAGAUACUCAUAGCUUUGUUUUACCAAGCAGACAGAGUGGAAACAUUGGCUUAAGAGCACUGGCAGAAUCAGCAGCUUGUCCUUCACAGCAACCGUCAUCAGUUCAGUGUGGGAUGGAAAUCUUACAGUAGCUGCAAGUCUGUUAUGGAAAUGCUCUUUGCUGUUAUUGUAGUACUGUGGUGACAAUAUGCCACUGAAAUGGAAAAGCAGCUCUCCAGCUAACUGGAAAUUCCCAGUUCCUGUACUAAAAACAUCUAGGUCAUCUCCACUCUCACCAGCAUAUAUAUCCUUGGUGGAAGAGGACGAUCCUCACAUGAAAGUGUCUCUCGGGGGAGGCGAUAUGGGUGUGUCUGCCCAUGUCCAGGCUUCAAAGACAGGCACCACACGAUUCUUCACGAGCAACACCCACAGUUCAGUUGUUUUACAGGGCUUCGACCAGCUGCGGAUAGAAGGCUUACUCUGUGACGUGACGCUGCUACCUGGGGAUGGGGAAGAAGCUUUUCCUGUUCAUAGGGCAAUGAUGGCAUCAGCCAGUGAUUAUUUUAAAGCUAUGUUCACAGGUGGAAUGAAGGAACAAGACCUCAUGUGCAUCAAGCUUCAUGGAGUAAACCGAAUAGGCCUCAAGAAGAUUAUUGACUUCAUUUACACCGCAAAGCUCUCUCUUAACAUGGAAAACCUGCAGGACACACUGGAAGCUGCCAGCUUCUUGCAGAUCCUGCCUGUCCUGGACUUCUGUAAAGUAUUUCUCAUAUCUGGGGUUACUUUGGACAACUGUGUUGAAAUUGGGCGCAUUGCAAACACAUACAACCUUACGGAGGUGGAUAAAUAUGUAAAUAAUUUCAUCUUAAAAAACUUCCUGUCCUUGCUGAGCACUGGAGACUUUGUGAAGCUCCCCUUUGACAGGCUAGCCUUUGUGCUUUCCAGCAACAGCCUCAAGCAUUGCAGCGAGCUGGACUUGUUUAAAGCUGCCUGCCGCUGGUUACGGUAUGAAGACUGCAGGAUGGACUACUCCUCCAAACUAAUGAAGAACAUUCGCUUUCCUCUCAUGAACCCACAGGAGCUUAUAAACCACGUGCAGACAGUAGAUUUCAUGAGAACAGACAACACAUGUGUCAACCUUUUACUGGAAGCCAGCAAUUACCAAAUGAUGCCCUACAUGCAGCCUGUCAUGCAGUCAGAAAGAACUGCUAUCCGAUCUGAUAGCGCACACUUGAUAACUUUGGGGGGAGUUUUACGGCAGCAGCUGGUUGUUAGCAAAGAGCUGCGGUUGUUUGAUGAAAAGGCACAUGAGUGGAAAUCAUUGGCUCCCAUGGAUGCCCCACGGUACCAGCAUGGCAUUGCAGUGAUUGGCAACUUCCUGUAUGUGGUUGGUGGACAGAGUAAUUACGACACGAAAGGAAAGACUGCUGUGGACACUGUAUUCCGAUUUGACCCUCGCUAUAACAAGUGGAUGCAGGUGGCAUCUCUCAAUGAAAAGCGCACUUUCUUCCACCUAAGUGCCCUCAAAGGACAUCUCUAUGCAGUGGGUGGUAGGAAUGCAGCGGGUGAAUUGGCCACAGUCGAAUGCUACAACCCAAAAACAAAUGAAUGGACAUAUGUUGCAAAAAUGAACGAACCUCACUACGGACAUGCUGGGACAGUCUAUGGUGGCUUUAUGUAUAUUUCAGGAGGAAUCACUCACGACACUUUCCAGAAAGAACUCAUGUGCUUUGAUCCCGAUACAGACAAAUGGACUCAAAAAGCCCCUAUGACCACGGUCAGAGGUCUCCACUGUAUGUGCACUGUUGGAGAUAGGCUUUACGUUAUUGGUGGAAAUCACUUUAGAGGAACCAGCGAUUAUGACGAUGUUCUGAGUUGUGAAUAUUACUCCCCCUCCCUAGACCAGUGGACUCCCAUUGCAGCCAUGCUGCGUGGGCAAAGUGACGUUGGCGUGGCCGUGUUUGAAAACAAAAUCUAUGUUGUGGGUGGCUAUUCUUGGAACAACCGCUGUAUGGUGGAAAUAGUGCAAAAAUAUGAUCCUGAGAAGGAUGAGUGGCAUAAAGUGUUCGACCUCCCUGAAUCACUAGGGGGCAUCCGAGCCUGCACCCUCACUGUCUUUCCACCAGAGGAUGAUACAGGGUCGCCUUCCAGAGAGUCUCCCCUCUCUGCACCCUAAUUGCCAUUGACUUGGACCUUUGACAAACUGUUUGCACUGCAUUACUGCAUUUUGGACUUUAAUAGACCUGUUCAGUAGCAUUUCAUCCAGCUAGUGACCUAAAGAAAGUUAUCGGGUCUCCUGCGACUAGACUACUGUACUUGCACAGGGCUGUCAGGCUGGCUUUCAGUUUACCCAGCAGAUUACAGAAAAGCAUACCUAUAAACCUCUUUGGCAAUUUGUAAAACACUGUUAAAAGGAAUGGGGAAAAAAAAUAAAAAUAAAUAAAACAUAUUCUGGUUUGCAACCCAAGUACAUUUUAAUGUCGCAUAUUGAAUUUUGGCAAAAGAAAAAUGUAACUAAUGCCAUAGAAGAGCAAAGCGGUAAUUUAACUUUUGUAUAUUAUGAUUAAGUUUAAUGAUGCAAGGUCCUUGAGGUUUAUUUGGGUGGGUUUUGAUAUAAUGGGUUCUGCUAUUCUCUUCUGUAAACACUGUACAAACUUUACCCCUCAAUCAGUUCACAUAUUUCUGCCAAUGCUUUU